AUGAUAUCCACUCGGGCUGUCACAACUUGCCGUACACUUGCGGCACCAAACACCACUUCGACCCUCCUCAAAGCCUGCAAUGCUACCGUGGUAGGAUUUCGUUCUGCGUCUGUAUCCCCACAGCAGCAGCAAUGGACCUCUCGGCGCGGUUUCACUACGACGCCGACUCGUAAUAUAAAGGAGUUUUUCCCCCAGACUGAAACGAGGGACAUCAGAGAGACUCCUCCAGCGUGGGAACAUCCAAUCUACGCCAAGGAUGACAUGUUGAAGGUCCAGAUCGCACACCGCGAGACACGGGACUGGGCUGACAAGAUCGCCUUACUGGCCGUCAAAGAGUCGGAGCUGAUCAUAUCAGUUCUGCGAACAGGUCUCGAUAUCGCCUCUGGAUAUCGUCAUGCUUCCGCCAAAGAGCUGGCAAAACUGGAUCCCCUCACAGCUCGCCAGAAAUACGGCAUGACGGAGCGCAAAUACCUCAUUCGAAACAUCUUCCUCGAGUCCGUUGCCGGCGUUCCGGGCAUGGUUGCCGGCAUGAUGCGACAUCUACACAGCAUGCGACGCAUGAAGCGCGACAACGGUUGGAUGGAGACAUUGCUAGAAGAAUCCUACAACGAGCGCAUGCAUCUGCUCACAUUCCUCAAGAUGGCUGAGCCGGGCUGGUUCAUGCGGUUGAUGGUGCUGGGAGCACAGGGUGUGUUCUUCAACGCCUUCUUCGCUGCAUACAUCCUCUCGCCUCGGAUAUGCCAUCGAUUUGUGGGAUACCUCGAGGAAGAGGCAGUGAUUACAUACACUCGCGAGAUUGAAGAUAUUGACAACGGGACACUGCCGAAUUGGGGCAAGAUGCAAGCUCCCGAGAUUGCUGUCAAGUACUGGAAUAUGCCCGAAGGCAGUAGGACGAUGCGCGAUUUGUUGCUCUAUGUCCGUGCGGACGAAGCAAAGCAUCGCGAGGUUAAUCACACUCUGGGCAACCUGGAUCAGAAGAAUGAUCCGAACCCGUAUGCCAGCACAUACAAGGACGUCAACAAGCCGCAUCCUACCAAGGGCAUCGAGCAUCUGCAGUCCACGGGCUGGGAACGUAAGGAUGUCAUCUAA